GCAUCAUAUCGCCGGUGCAGCAUCUCAUGAGAUAGACAGAACUAUACGAUAGACAAAUCAUCCGAGAGCGCCACCCACCAUGUCCAACGAUCCCUUUGAAGAAGCUCAGGCGGACAUCCUGUCUCUGCUACAACAGACUCGACCUCUGCACCAAUCCUACUUGCGCAUACGAUCCACGGCUUCCUCACCAUCCGCACCCGAACUGGUUGAAGCACGCGAUGAGCUCGAAGGGACUCUCAUGGAUCUCUCCACAGACCUGCAAGAUCUGGUAGACUCCGUCCGAGCAGUGGAAGGUGAUCCAUACAAAUAUGGCCUCGAUGUACCCGAAGUCCAACGACGUCGAAAACUGGUUGAAGAGGUCGGGAAAGAAGUAGAGGAAAUGCAUAAGCAGCUCAACCAGACUGUCCAUGCUGCCGAUCAGCUGGCACAUCCGGACUCCUUUGGCCAAGAUGUCAACGGCGCAGACGAGGACGAUGACUUUGGCGCUUGGGAGGAACAACGACAGAUGGAGAUGCUGCACGAACAAGACGAAGCGCUCGAUGGCGUGUUCCAAACUGUCGGCAAUCUAAGGAUGCAGGCUGAUACGAUGGGAAGAGAGCUGGAGGAGCAAGCCGAGCUGCUCGACGAUACAGAAAACAUCACGGACCGAGUGGCAGGCAAGCUGGGGACGGGCAUGAAGAAGAUCCGUUAUGUGAUUGAGCAGAAUGAGGAUCGAUGGUCUGGCUGCUGCAUAUCGGCGCUCAUUGUUGUCUUGAUUAUUCUUCUUAUUCUGGUUGUAGUGAUUUGAGAGCACUGCUCCAUGCUGUCUGGAACGUCCUAGAUCAACGACCGACGAUUGAUGGAGAACGUCCUCAGGCAGAAGUGUGGCGCAGCUUGUUCUCCACUCCACAUCGACUGCCGAGCCGGGAGCUGACCCCAAGUUAUGGACGUCCAUACUGCGACUGCGACACCACUUCACAGACUGCAGAACCAGCAAGAUGCAGGGCGACAACGCACAUCCGCUCCUCCAACAGACGGCGCUAAGCGUGAACCCAUUCAUCGACCUGCCGAAAGCUCCGACACUCCCACACAACUAUGCUUCGUUACCGAGCACUCUACCACCUUCGGCACUCAGCGCACCCGCAGUCGCAUCUAACCCAGAUCUACCAGCGUAUGUGACAUCGCCUUCUGGCUUUGCGGCGCACCCCAAGACCAUCAUUGCUCAGAACAAGUCACUACUGGAGCAGAUUGAGAAGCAGCGCAAGGAUGCCGAGAAGGAGAUUCGGGAUUGGGAGCAAAAGAUAAGAGACAGAGAGCUGGCCGAGAAGAGAAAGAAGGCACCGGGCUACUUGGACACAGAGCAGUAUAUCUUGCAGCCAGAGAAACCACGGACCGAUUCCACUGCAGCCAGUAAUGUGAACCUGAUGGACGAGCCAUCCCAGGAAGACACGGUGUCUAAAUCGGACAAGCAAGUUGAUGAUUUGGGGGAUGCAAUGGAUCGUGCUUUCGGCAGGAGUGAGCUUGGCUAAACAAUGAUCGUUGUCGCGUGCCGAGCAUCGAGGCGUCGGUUGCGCUUUGGUCUCCUGCUCGAAGGCUCAUCAUACUCGAAACGGUCACGUUCUGUGUAGCAGUGACGAGUCUCGUGCAUAAAAAUCUAUACGUGACACGCCAGUGCGUGAGCUGUUCGCGUGGCCAAAAGGGUCGAGCUGAAAAGGCGACGUCAAGGCCUCGUCUGUGUUUCGGCAAAAAACAUCCAUAACGACGCACAGAAAGGCGAUCAACAUGCGCUUCUUUGCAAGCCGUUCGACUCCAUCCAUGGCGUCCAUCGAUAAGGCAAGCACGCACAGAUCACGAGCAAGAAGCCCACCACGACCACCGGCGGAGAAUGUACUACAGCUACUGGAGCGGCUGCAACAUGUGCAGGGUGACCUCAUUCGGAUCUAUACCUCAGAAGACCUCGUGGAACCAAUCUUCGUGCAAGAAGGGCUUCUUCGGCUUGUAUUCCGUGGUUCGUUCUGGUUUGAGCGAAUCAUGAGGCAGAUGGAGUUCGAGGGAACAGAUCGACUAGUGCUUCACACUCAAGAAGACAUCCUUGCCUUGUUCGUUUUCUGGGCAUUCCACACCCGAGUGCCCGGAUUGCACGAAUUCGGCAAAUACCAUAGCAUUCCCAGCCAAGAUGACGAAGAUGACUAUCAAACACUUCUCGUGCGCACGUGGGUCUUUGCAGACUCCGUCGACUUGCCGGCUUUCCAGAACGCUCUCAUGGUAAAACUUUUUGAUGCUCUCGACAAUCCGGCCAAGGAUCUGACAGCAGAAACGCUGCAGAUCUGUCUUCUAGUGUCCGAGUCAGCAACACGGAUGCGCUGGGCAUUGGUGCAGUAUAUGCUGUGGUGGGAAGAUCAAAGCACACGAGGCAUGAACGACUACGAACCUACGCCGCACCCCAGACUGCAGCCAUACAUCAAUAUAGAAGAGGUCAAAGGGAUCGAGGCCGACUUGCAUGCUGCACGGGAGGUGCGUUCUGGGAUGAACAAUCAGGAGCGCAAGAAGCGUCCCAUUGCGGGUCUGUUUUUUGUAUGCGAUCCCUGUGCGAAAAGUUGCUGGCAGUAGUGAAGCAAGGUGUGCGUGAAAGAAUAUGAUCAGAUCACUCAUUAACCCUUUGCGCGAAACACUAUGCACAAUGACAAUGCGGGCUGGCAAACAACAUAUUCUGUUCUUAUACAUCUUUGUGCGCCUUUUGCUUUGCCACGAAUAUUACCAUCAAAUCCCAAAGUGAUCAGCCAUGGAUAACACAUUUGCAGCGCGUUCAGCGCGCCUCAGUCGUGACUUUCCUGCUCGCUCUCCACCGAUCCAUCCUCGCGUUCCAACCACAAGACCUCAGCAAGCCGAAACCGAC